AUGGGCAUAACUUCCGAUAACAUUUCCCGGCCUGAUCUUCCAGUAACUACCAGGAUUCCACUACAUUUAUAUAAUAAGUUGUUAGACAGAAUUCCUGAUGCAAAAGGAUACCACAUGUACACUGAUAGAUACUAUAUCAGCAUUCUAUUAGCAGAAGAAUUGCUAAAGAUGAAUUGUCAUCUUACUGGCACCAUACAAAUUAAUCGACAAGGCGUACCGACACAAAUAAAAAAACCAAAAUUUUCAAGAAGAACAACAGUUGCAUACAGGAAUAGCACUACGCUUUUUGCGUGGAAAGACACAAGAAUUAUCACAAUACUCACUAAUUAUUACAACACACAACUGCAAUUUAUCCACAGAACAUUACACGGUGGACAUGUUGUAACAGUCAAUAAGCCUGAAAUGGUGUUAGAAUACAUGGAAAAUAUGGGUGGUGUGGAUCAUACGGAUCAAUACGCUUCGACGUAUUGUUUUCUCUGUAAGUCGCUGAAAUGGUGGAGGAAGUUAUUUUUUUGGGGUUUGGAAAUGUGUGUCAUUAAUUCAUACAUUAUUUAUCGUAUCUCAAAACAAACAAAUAACGAAACGCCAAUGACGCACCACAAGUUUGUCAAGGCACUCAUUGACCAGUUGAGGGGUGAUUUUCGUGAAUCGAGAACGCGUCCAUUCACAUCUUCUGCGGACAAUAGAUUAGAGAAUAAACUACAUAUUCCUGAUGUGGAACAAAGAAAACGGGAUUGCAUUGUUUGUUCUGACAGGAAAACACCUGGUGGCAGGCGUCAAACAACUUAUUAUUGUCAAACGUGCACUAAUCAGCCUGCAAUGCAUUUUGGGAAGUGUUUUAAAGUUUAUCACACUGUACUAAAUUAUAAAAAAUAA